CACGGCGCGUGCGUAGCUGCCGCCGGCGGCGCGUCAUGGCGGCGCUGAGCGGGAUGUUCGCCAACCAGCCCCCGGGGCCGCCGCCGCCGCCACCUCCCCCGGGACCGCCCCGGGGGUCGGGGCCGGGUCGGGCCGCGCUGAGCCGCCGCGUUUGCCGCCUGCAGGCCUGCUUCGCCUCGCUCGUCAGCCAGGACUAUGUCAACGGCACCGACCAGGAGGAGAUCCGCACCGGUGUUGAUCAAUGUAUCCAGAAAUUUCUGGAUGUUGCAAGACAAACUGAAUGCUUUUUUCUACAAAAAAGACUGCAGCUCUCAGUUCAGAAACCAGAGCAAGUUAUUAAGGAGGAUGUAUCAGAAUUGAGGAAUGAAUUACAGAGGAAAGAAGCACUAAUUCAGAAGCAUUUGGGUAAACUGCGUCACUGGCAACAGGUUCUAGAAGACAUCAAUGUGCAACACAAAAAGCCUGCAGAAAUGCCUCAAGGACCAUUAGCCUACCUGGAACAAGCUUCUGCUAAUAUUCCUGCACCCAUGAAACAGACAUGAUUAAGGAAAAUGUCAGAGUCUUUGAGCAGUAUUUUAACUUAAAGCAAAAUGGUAUUGAUCGUUUUUUUUUAUUUGAUACAUGCAUAAUGUAUUUUAUAUUAUAAAUAUAAAUAGUAUUUGUUCCAUUGUGACAGUGGGACAAAGAAGUAAGUGUAAAAUAAAUUUAAUCCUUUCCACAAA